CUCUCUGUCUCUCCCUCUCCCUGCCACCUUCUCCCCGGGGCUGCUGCUUCCCCCCUGUCUCGCUCGCCCUCCUCCAGGCCGGCCUCCUUCUCUGAGGAGAGGGGGCUCCCUUCAUGGAAGGAGGAGGAGAAGCAGCAGCAGGGAAGGGCCGCUCCUGAGGGGCCUUGCCCUCCUCCUCCGCCUCCUUCAGCGCCUUCCUCCUCUUCCCUUUGGACGGGGAGGAGGAUGGCGGCGGCCCCGACCCAGCUGGAAGCCGAGCUUUACUACCUGGUCGCCCGCUUCCUCCAGGCUGGGCCCUGCAAGAAGUCCGCCCAGGUCCUCGUGGAGGAGCUGGAGGAGUACCAGUUGAUCCCACGGCGCCUGGAUUGGCAGGGCAAGGAGCACUGGAGAAGCUUUGAGGAUCUGGUAGCAGCCAAUGCUCACAUCCCCCCGAAUUACUUACUCAAGAUUUGCGAGCGCAUCGGACCCUUAUUGGACAAGGAGAUCCCACAGAGUGUUCUUGGGGUGCAGACUUUACUCGGAGUGGGUCGCCAGUCCUUGCUACGAGCAGCCAAAGACUGCAGGCACACACCAUGGAAGGGAUCAACCUUUGCAGCGCUGCACAGAGGCAGGCCUCCAGAACUACCUGUAAAUUAUGGAAAACCACCCAAUGUGGUAAAUAUAAUCUGUGCCAGGCAGACAACUGGAUAUGGACGCUUCAGCCACUUGUUCCCAUCAUCCUUCUAUCAGCACAUUAAGAUGCACAAGAGGAUUCUGGGGCAUUUGUCAUCUGUAUAUUGUGUAGCAUUUGAUCGCAGUGGGAGAAGAAUUUUCACAGGUUCAGAUGAUUGCCUGGUGAAAAUCUGGGCUACUGAUAAUGGACGUUUGCUUUCAACGCUCCGAGGACAUUCAGCUGAAAUUUCGGACAUGGCUGUUAGUUAUGAAAACACCCUCCUUGCUGCCGGCAGCUGUGAUAAGGUGGUCCGAGUCUGGUGUCUUCGAACCUGUGCACCAGUUGCGGUGCUACUGGGCCAUUCAGCAUCCAUUACUUCCAUCCAGUUUUCUCCAGCAAGGAAAGGAACAACCCGAUACCUCACUUCAACUGGUGCUGAUGGAACCAUCUGCUUCUGGCAAUGGCACUUGAAUACAAUGAAAUUUAAGGAUCGGCCGGUCAAAUUUGCUGAGCGGUCCCGGCCUGGUGUUCAAAUAUCUUGUUCAUCCUUCAGCUCUGGCGGUAUGUUCAUUGCAACAGGGAGCACUGAUCAUGUUAUAAGAAUAUAUUAUUUGGGCUCUGAAUCUCCAGAAAAAAUAGCUGAGCUGGAAUCUCAUACGGACAAAGUAGUUGCCGUUCAGUUCUGCAAUAAUGGAGAUAGAUUAAGAUUUGUCAGCGGAAGCCGAGAUGGAACUGCCAGAGUAUGGCAAUAUCAACAGCAAGAGUGGAAGAACAUAGUGCUGGACAUGGCUACAAAGAUGACUGGGAACAGCCUACAAUCUGGAGAAGACAAGGUGUCAAAGCUCAAGGUUACUAUGGUUGCUUGGGAUCGGUAUGACAGCACUGUAAUCACCGCAGUUAACAAUUUCCUUUUGAAAGUGUGGAAUUCUUCUACGGGUCAGCUUCUUCACAGCCUGUCCGGGCAUGAUGAUGAAGUAUUUGUUUUGGAAGCUCAUCCCUUUGACCAAAGGAUCAUGCUUUCUGCAGGCCACGAUGGGAACAUUUUUAUUUGGGAUCUUGAAAAAGGAACAAAAAUUCGCAAUUACUUCAAUAUGAUUGAGGGCCAAGGCCAUGGUGCUGUGUUCGAUUGCAAAUUCUCCCCGGACGGUCAGCAUUUUGCCUGUACGGAUUCACACGGACACCUUCUGUUGUUUGGCUUUGGGUGCAAUAAAUACUUUGAAAGAAUUCCAGAUCAGAUGUUCUUCCACACAGAUUACCGUCCCCUCAUCCGCGAUUCUAAUAACUAUGUGCUAGAUGAACAAACCCAGCAGGCUCCACAUCUCAUGCCUCCCCCCUUCUUGGUAGAUGUGGAUGGCAAUCCUCACCCCACAAGAUACCAACGGCUGGUGCCGGGGCGGGAAAACUGUAAAGACGAACAACUCAUUCCUCAACUGGGAUAUGUGGCAAAUGGGGAUGGUGAGGUUGUGGAACAAGUGAUUGGGCAGCAAACCAAUGACCAUGAAGAGAGCAUCCUUGACGGGAGGAUUAGGGAGCUGCAACGUGAGCAAGAUAGGAGGAGGCUUAAUGAUGGUGAAACUGUACCAAAUCCUCCACAAAGCAGAUUGCAGUCUGUUAAUAUAGUUUUAAGAAGCCCAAGUUUGGAUAUUGCUUCCCCUCCAAAUGUUGGGCUUAGGCGGAGUGGCCAGAUCGAAGGUGUUCGGCAAAUGCACCACAAUGCUCCCAGAAGUCAGAUGGCCACAGAAAGAGACCUCAUGGCAUGGAGUCGGAGAGUGGUCGUGAAUGAGUUGCAUCCAGGAAUUAGCAGAGUUCAGGAAGAAUGCCGAACAGCCAAAGGCGAACUAGAAAUCCAUCUGUAUACACUUGAAAAGAAGAGAAAACCUUCCCACACUUUGCAAAGGAGUGACUACCCACCUGGCAGUGGGAGGUCAUUGCGAAGAAACCAACGCAAGCGCCAACAUGCUUAUCAGACACGCUCCACCAUUGAUCAUCAAUCCCAAGGUGCAAGGAGAAGUUCACAUACCCAAGAAGACUCUGAAAGCUCCUCUGAGGAAGAUGAUACUGCUGGCACUAGUGAGGCAUCUGUGGACGAUAAUGUGGCUGCCUGGCAAAGCGAAAGCAGUUCCAGUGAUUCGUCCAGUGAAUAUUCUGACUGGACUGCAGAUGCUGGGAUUAAUCUUCAGCCUCCAAAAAGGCAAACGAGACAAGCAGCUCGCAAAAUCUGUAGCAGCUCUGAAGAUGAAAAUGAAAAAGAGACAAAGGGACCAGAAGAGAAACGCAAGAAACCCAAACAAGCUCGGAAAAAAAAACCCAGUGGAUUCCUUUCAACUGAUGGUGAACCCACGGAAGAAUGGUUUGCUCCCCACUGGAUACUGGACACGAUCCCACGGCGUUCCCCCUUUGUCCCACAAAUGGGUGAUGAGGUGAUCUAUUUCAGACAAGGGCAUGAAGCUUACGUGCGUGCCGUCAGAAAAGCAAAAAAUUACAGUGUUAACAUUCAGAAGCAACCAUGGAAUAAAAUGGAACUCAGGGAACAAGAAUUUGUGAAGAUUGUGGGAAUUAAGUAUGAGGUUGGACCGCCUACGCUUUGCUGCCUGAAGCUUGCCUUUCUGGAUCCAAUCACAGGAAAAAUGACGGGGGAAUCAUUUUCCAUCAAGUAUCACGAUAUGCCAGACGUUAUUGAUUUCCUUGUGCUCCACCAGUUUUAUAAUGAAGCCAAAGAAAGAAACUGGCAGAUCGGGGAUAGAUUUCGCAGCAUAAUAGAUGAUGCCUGGUGGUUUGGAACAGUGGAAAGUCAGCAGCCGUUCCAGUCUGAGUAUCCGGAUAGUUCCUUCCAGUGCUACAGUGUUCACUGGGACAAUAACGAAAGAGAAAAAAUGAGCCCCUGGGAUAUGGAGCCAAUUCCAGAAGGAAUAGCCUAUCCAGAGGAGAUUGGGGCCGGCAUUCCUGUGACCACAGAGGAGCUGGCGUCCCUCUUGUACAAACCCCAGGAAGGCGAGUGGGGCUCCCAUUCCCGAGAUGAAGAAUGUGUGCGGGUCCUUCGGGGCAUUGAUCAACUGUUGUCUUUAGAUAUGUCCAAUCCAUUUGCUGUCCCAGUGGACCUUAGUGCCUAUCCUCUGUAUUGCACCGUGGUUGCUUAUCCAACUGACCUCACCACCAUAAGGAGAAGACUUGAAAACAGGUUUUACAGGAGGAUAUCAGCUCUGAUGUGGGAGGUACGAUACAUCGAACACAAUGCUAGGACUUUCAAUGAGCCCGAGAGUCCUAUUGUUAAAGCAGCCAAAAUUGUAACAGAUGUCUUACUGCGCUACAUUGGGGAUCAGAGCUGUAUGGAUAUUUUGGAAAUCUAUAACAAAGUGAAAGCUGAAGACCUGAGUAGCACAGAGGAAGAAGAGGUGGCAGAAGCGUACGCAGAUUCAGAUGGUCCCGGAACCUCAUCUGGGAAGAGAACGGUAAAGCGGCAGGUGAAAAAGCAGCCCUCCAAAGCCCAUGUAGAUGCCUGGAAGGAACAGUGCAAGCAGCUGUUGAGCCUGAUCUACGAACGUGAAGACUCUGAGCCAUUCCGACAACCCGUUGAUCUCUUUUCUUACCCUGAUUAUCGGGAUAUUGUCGACACUCCAAUGGACUUCAGCACUGUGAAAGAAACUUUGGAGGCGGGUAAUUACACCAACCCUCUUGAAUUCUACAAAGACGUCCGUUUGAUAUUCUGCAAUUCCAAAGCAUACACACCGAAUAAAAAAUCAAGGAUCUACAGCAUGACACUCCGACUAUCUGCCUUAUUUGAAAACCAUAUUAAAACCAUAAUUUCUGACUACAAGUUCGCUGUUCAGUGCCAAAAGAGGCAAAGACCGCGGUUAAGGUACCGAAAACGACUCCGGAGCAGCAGCAGUUCUUCCUGUAGUAGCAGAGCGCCCAGUCCAAAAAGAAAACAAAAGCAACUCAAGAUGCAGCCUAAAACAAACCUUGAUACCUCAUUGCCUGUAACUAGGACUAAUUCUUCAGUCUCAUCUCACGUUUCAGAUACCACUGAGGAACUGCCUGGCUCCGUUGCUGCUGAAGAGACGGAAAGUCAUCCGUCCUCAUCUGGUUCAAAUACCCAGAAUCGUAGUGGAAAUGAUACUGAACCAGGGAAAAACAGACCGAUCAGAAAUAAAUCAACACCAGUUAAACAAGAUCAGCCUCCUGAUAAACCCCUGACAAAUGGCGACGGGAGAGAGCCUCGCUCAACAGUCAAGCGAAAGCUGUUGAGUGCAUCGGAAGACGAUGAGCACACAGAUGAGGAGAAGGAGCGAGAGCCCAAAGAAAAGCCCAGUUUGUCCUCCUCGGAAAGCGGGGAUUCGCGGUCGAGCUCGAGUUCUGAAAGUAGAUGUGCCUCCGACUCGGACUCCGAAUCAAACUCUAAGACAGACCAGGACUACAUAGAUGGGGAUCACGACUACAGCAAAUCGGUUCAGGUGAAACCGAGAAGAAAACUCCAAAGGAGCGUCUCCAGGGGACAAAGAAACUGGCAGGGCAGAGGGACGGCGAAAAGAGGGCGAUGGGGGCGAUGGGGCAGAUGGAGCAGAGGAGGACGAGGCAACCGGGGAGGAAGAGGCCGCAGCCGAGGAAGAAGAGGGACCCGGGGAGGAAAGAGGGGUCGCAGGAGAGGGGCCUCCAGAGGAGCCUCCAGAGCCAAGCGCCCGCGGAUGGCGGACGACGAAUUUGAGAACCUUUUUGGUGGCCGCUUCAGCGAGAACGCGUUUGGCGGCCGCUUCAGUAGGCCGCCUCGGAUUAAAACGAGAAACGAGGGGAGGAGAACCGUUUUGUAUAACGACGAUUCAGACAAUGACACUUUUGUGCACACCGAGGAUCCCUUGAACCUUGGCACCUCCAGAUCGGGCAGGGUACGGAAAAUGACAGAAAAGGCCAGGGUCAGCCAUCUCAUGGGAUGGAACUAUUGACCGGUGGGAAAUGACGGAACCGGACGAUGGCGUCGGGACUUCAGCGGCUUUCUUCUGCAGGGAUUCUUGCCAGAAAAUCUACUUAAGCAAAUGGUGGAGGGACUCCACUCACCUUUUUUUCUGUGGUGCUUUUCCAUUUUAUGUGUUGGAAGGAAGACUUCUGAUUGCCGCCCGUCCUUGGCCAAAGAAGCCUUACUCAUGCAUUAUUUUUAUUAUCUGUAGCCAUGCUUUCCCACACUACACCUUGAAUUUGUCACAGGACUGUGGCAACGCAAUCAUGUUUUUGAAGUCUUUCCUCAUUCCGUUGUGUGUUCGAGUGUGUGUGUGUGUAUGCGUGCGUUAUAGAAACAGCACCUUCUUGCAUCAUUCUGCCAUGAAUUCCUUACUUACCGUAAUAA